UUUGGACGCUUGCGACGUGCCAUUGGACCAUCGCUAAACUUGGCUUGGGGCUUGGGAGUCGUUUGCUCGGUGACAUCGGUGUAGCCAUUUCUGCGAAGCACGAGUCCUGUCAUGCUAGACCAUGUACAUGUCGUCAAGAGACUCACGAUCCCCAUGUCCAGGUUCGCGGGUGGUCUUGAGAAACUUUGCUCGGCUACAAUUCCCUCCCGAAGCGUACUGUUCUUUGACCUCAGGGGUAGAUUUCAAUUAUCUCCAGCUUUGUCCGGCUUCUAUUUGCGGGAACGCAUCAGCCACGUCCUCACAAAAAGCGCCGGCAGUGGCAUCCAUGGUCAACUUUGAGAGGAGCGCUCCGGCGGGCCGUUGCAGCAAUCAUGGCUGGUACUUUCACUACCUCCCGUCUCGGAAGCUACCCAGCUCAGGCUGGCCAAGACAAGGUAUCUUUGUCUAUCCACUGGGUGCUGGCGAGAAGCCCGCCUUGACUCGAGCAAUGCUGCCUGGUUGCCACAAUCUGUUGUGCUCACCUCUGCGGGCUCACAGGCCCAGCCAAAGGCUUGGUAGACGCUGUUGCUAUUUACCACACUCCCUCUUCCGGUCAAUGCACCCAACAGUCGAUUUCUCGAUUUUGCGUUACUCGCCAUCUAUUGAUACUGCCCGCCCAUCAAGUCCUCGGCGCGGUCCAUUAUCGCAAGUUCUCGCUCCUGCACCUUUUUCCUUCUUGGAUUUUGGCUUGCUAGCGCUUGAUACGCCGCAGCCUCAAGCAUAUCCUCCCUAAUCUGGAGGACAGAACACGGACCCCAGAAAUCAUCAACCUGUACCCCUGGCCAUAUUGAAGAUCUUCCAAUCGGGCAAUUUUUGCUUGUACAAAUUUGCAAGGAUCGAGCUUGAGCUCGUGGAAGCAAGGGGUAUCACUUGUUUCUCCGGGUGUUCUAAAAUCGCCGUUACCAACGCAACCCUGCUUGCCUCUCACUGCAGCGAGUAAUCUGCUCAGUCGGUCCAGGCCCUAGCCUAAGUCUGAGUGGUGAU